AAGCUAAUGAGAUAAGUGUAUCGGUGAGGCUGAGAGUUAUUCACUUACAAAAAAAAAAAAAACACUUGAGGGUAAUCAAAAAAAAAAGUUGAUAUUCUUUCUGAUUUUCUCCUGAACUUUUUAUUCUGUGCAAAUCCACCCCCCAUAGAUCUGUUUAUUUCCCGCUACUUCGAUCCAUUUCUGUUAGAAAAACCGAUUUCUUAGUUUGUAUUUUCUUAAAUUUAUCAAUCUUUUUUAUUUCUGAUCUUCUUGUUUUUUUUUUCUUUGUAGAUUUAAUCGUUUGUGAGGGUAUUUUUUUAUUCCCUCCUCUCAGAUCUACACAGAGGUAGUUUAUUUUAUAAACCUCUUUUUCGAAUUUCUUGAAAAAAAUCCUGUUCUUUACUUUUUUCAAGAACCAGGAAAAAAAUUCUCGAAUUUAAUUUUUUUUUUAUUAGAAACAAAAAUUAUAAAUGACAACUUCUAUGGAUUUCUACUGUAACAAAACGUUUCAACAAUCUGAUCCAUUCGGUGGUGAAUUAAUGGAAGCGCUUUUACCUUAUAUCAAAAGCCCUUCCAACGAUUCUUCCGCGUUUGCGUUCUCUCUACCCGCUCCGAUUCCAUACGGGUCGGAUCUCCGCUCAUUCUCUCACCAUCUUAGUCCUAAACCGGUCUCAAUGAAACAAACCGGUUCUUCAGCGCCUAAACCGACGAAGCUAUACAGAGGAGUGAGACAACGUCACUGGGGAAAAUGGGUGGCUGAGAUUCGUUUACCGAGAAAUCGAACUCGUCUCUGGCUCGGAACAUUCGAUACGGCGGAGGAAGCUGCGUUAGCCUAUGACAAGGCGGCGUAUAAGCUGCGCGGCGAUUUCGCCAGGCUUAAUUUCCCUAAUCUCCGUCAUAACGGAUCUAACAUCGGCGAGUAUCAACCUCUUCAAUCAUCAGUCGACGCUAAGCUUGAAGCUAUUUGUCAAAACUUAGCUGAGAUGACUCAGAAACAGGGGAAAUCAACGAAGAAGUCUUCUUUCCGGAAACGUUCAUCAACCGCCGCCGCUAAACAACCGGAGGCUGAUUCGGGAGUAAAACCGGAGGAUUACUCUAGCGCUGGUUCUUCGCCGCCGUUAACGGAGAGUUACGGAUCUGGUGGAUCUUCUUCGCCGUUGUCGGAUCUGACGUUUUGUGAUACGGAGGAGGAGAUUCAGCCGCCGUGGAAUGAGUUUGCGUUGGAGAAGUAUCCGUCGUACGAGAUCGAUUGGGAUUCGAUUCUUCAGUGUUCGAGUCAUGUAAAUUAGUUGAUGCCAUAGGGGUAUUUUAGGAAUAUUAGAUGUCACUGCAAUGGAGUUUUUGGUCAUUUGCAGGGAUAUUAUCAACUUAUCAUUAUUAGGGGGCUUUAUGUUAAUAUUAAUAAGUUUAUGUACUUUAAUGUUAUUAUUGUUAGUCUCUGCGUCGGUCCAAGCUGGGUUUUUUUUGUCAUGCUUCGACCGUGCGAGAUUUUUUUAUGUAA